CCGCCCGCGGCAGCCUGUGGCCUCUUCCCCCGUCGCUCCAGGUCGGUUUUUCCCGGCGACUCUAGGGUGACUUUCAAACUCCCGGGCUCCGGGGACACCUCGGAAUUUGCCCCCGCUUCCCGCUCGCUCCCCUCGGGCCCCGGAGCGUCGCGAGCGCCCCAGGGGUCGCCCCAGGAGGGCGCUCGGGACCGCGGGCAGCGCAGCCUGCAAGCAGGGGGACGCCGGCGGCAGCGACGAUGAAGCCGUCGUGGCUGCAGUGUCGCAAAGUCACCAGCGCCGGGGGACUCGGGGGGCCCCUGCCCGCGUCCUCUCCAGCUCGGGGAGCCGGCCUGGCCCGCAGAGCGUUCGUGGCCCCCGGCCCGCGGGGAGCUCUCGCGGGCCGGGGCUGCCGGGUGCUGUCCUCGAGCUGCGGCGAGUACAAGCGCCACUUCGCGGCCUCGGUGGCCGACCCCGAGAGGUUCUGGGGCAAAGCCGCGGAGCAGAUUAGCUGGUACAAGCCGUGGACCAAAACGCUGGAGAACAGACAUUCGUCUUCCACCAGUUGGUUUGUGGAAGGGAUGCUGAACAUGUGCUACAAUGCCAUCGACCGUCAUAUCGAAGGUGGGAAGGGAGACAAGGUCGCCAUCAUUUACGACAGUCCCGUCACAGACACCAAAGCCACCAUUACCUAUAAAGAAGUCCUGGAGCAGGUCUCCAGGCUGGCUGGCGUUCUGGUCAAGCAUGGUGUCAGCAAGGGGGACACUGUGGUCAUCUACAUGCCCAUGAUCCCUCAGGCAAUGUACACCAUGCUGGCGUGUGCCAGGAUAGGCGCCAUCCACAGCCUCAUAUUUGGGGGAUUCGCGUCCAAAGAACUAAGCAGCCGCAUUGAUCAUGCAAAGCCCAAGUUGGUUGUUACAGCGUCAUUUGGCAUUGAACCUGGAAGGAAGGUAGAAUACAUGCCACUUCUAGAAGAAGCGAUGAGAAUAGGACAACACAAGCCAGACAAAGUUCUCAUUUAUAAUCGUCCAAAUAUGGAGCCGGUUCCCUUGGCUUCAGGGCGUGACCUUGAUUGGGAUGAAGAGAUGGCAAAAGCACAGUCUCAAGAUUGUGUUCCUGUUCUUUCUGAACAUCCACUGUAUAUUCUGUACACAUCUGGAACGACAGGGUUGCCAAAGGGUGUGGUGCGGCCCACUGGGGGAUAUGCUGUGAUGCUGAACUGGACAAUGUCUUCUAUCUAUGGGCUCAAACCUGGAGAGGUGUGGUGGGCAGCUUCUGACUUAGGCUGGGUUGUCGGACAUUCCUAUAUCUGUUAUGGACCUCUUAUACAUGGGAACACAACGGUUUUAUAUGAGGGGAAGCCUGUGGGGACACCGGAUGCUGGUGCUUAUUUCCGAGUGCUCGCAGAGCACGGAGUGGCUGCCUUGUUUACAGCGCCGACCGCAAUUAGAGCAAUCCGUCAACAGGACCCCGGGGCCGCCUUGGGGAAGCAGUACUCUUUGACAAGGUUCAAAACAUUAUUUGUGGCCGGAGAACGAUGUGACGUGGAGACCCUGGAGUGGUCCAAAAAGGUCUUCCGAGUCCCUGUCCUAGACCACUGGUGGCAAACUGAGACUGGAUCCCCAAUUACAGCAUCCUGCAUUGGAUUAGGUAACUCUAAAACGCCUCCUCCAGGGCAAGCAGGAAAAAGUGUUCCAGGAUACAACGUUAUGAUUUUGGAUGACAACAUGCAAAAACUGAAGGCGCGGUGUUUAGGAAAUAUCGUGGUAAAGUUGCCAUUACCACCUGGAGCGUUUUCAGGACUCUGGAAGAAUCAGGAAGCAUUCAAGCAUUUAUACUUUGAAAAAUUUCCUGGGUACUAUGACACCAUGGAUGCUGGUUACAUGGAUGAAGAAGGCUAUGUGUAUGUUAUGUCUCGUGUUGACGACGUGAUAAAUGUUGCGGGUCACAGGAUUUCUGCAGGUGCCAUUGAAGAGUCUCUCCUUUCCCAUGGCACCGUGGCGGACUGUGCUGUCGUGGGCAAGGAGGAUCCUCUGAAAGGCCAUGUGCCACUAGCCCUCUGCGUGUUGAGAAAAGACAUAAACAUAACGGAGGGACAAGUUUUAGAAGAAAUUGUGCAACACGUCAGACAGAGCAUUGGCCCCGUGGCUGCUUUUCGGAAAGCUGUGUUUGUUCAACAGUUACCCAAAACCCGAUCUGGCAAAAUUCCCCGCGCCGCCCUGUCCGCCCUCGUCAACGGCAAGCCGUACAAGGUGACCCCUACGAUCGAAGACCCCAGCAUUUUUGGGCACAUAGAAGAAGUGCUGAAACAGGCAUUGUGACCUUUUGUUUCUCCUUUUUUUGAAUCCCGUUUCUAAUUGGAGCCAAGUUUUGGAAUUCUUUCCCAGAGAUAAUUGACAUGCAGACUGAAAUGUGAAUCGUAGAGACCUGUGCCUUCUGCUUCAUCAGCCCAAUUAGCACUCUUACCCGUUGCUGCUAGGGUAUCUCAUUAUGGGUUUGCCAGCACUUCAAUUUAAGAAAAAUAUAUCUAAGGCAUGAUUUUUCAAACUGGUACCCACUAAAAAAGAAAAAACAAAACCACUUUGACUGAAAGUGACACUAAUAUCAAGCCACUUCCUUAAAGGAGGGCUCUGCAGCUUUGACCCCAAACCUAAAACCCAAGUUGACAUCAGAAAAUAGUUACCCCUUUCUUGUAGAAAUUCUGAGUAUUUUCUAAUAUUCUUGAGAUGCCCACAUGCUUGGUUAUUUUAAAUGAAAGAGCUGUGAUACAGAGUUUUAGGUUAUCAUCUGGACAUGCUUUUCUUGGUAGGAGAAUCCGUCUGGUUAUCAGUCCCCUUCCUGAGGGGAGGGCUGGGUAGCGGGUAUAGUGCCUGGUGCUCAGUCAAGGGAAAGAGACCCAGAGGCGGGUUCAUCCUCUUUCUUCGUCAUGGAGAUGAAGGCUCUUUGGAGCCCCUCCUCCUAUCGGGUUCUUAGUUGUCUGUGUACUUCUGAGUGAUUCAGCUUCUUUUGGAGAAAAGGAAAUGAUGUAGCAAUGGGUAAACUGGCAGGGAAAGCGCUUAGGAAGAAAUGUAAACAUUUUUUACAUUAUGUUCACAACCAGGAGGAGUUUUAAGAGAAACGCCAAAUCCAUAUGUUAUGUGAGGUCUCUCAUUUUUAAAUAACUAACUCACUAAAAAACUCACAUCCAAAAAGAAAAAGAAAGUAAAGUAAAGGAGUUCCCGUCAUGGCUCAGUGGUUAACAAACCCGACUGGUACCCAUGAGGAUGCGGGUUCCAUCCCUGGCCUUGCUCAGUCGGUUGAGGAUAUGGUGUUGCCUCGAGCUGUGGCGUAGGUUGCAGACGCGGCUCGGAUCUGGCAUUGCUGUGGCUGUGGUGUAGGCUGGUGACUGUAGUUCUAAUUCACCCCUAGCCUGGGAACCUCCAUGUGCUGUGAGUGCGGCCCUAAGAAGACAAAAAAAAAACCCCCAAAAAUAUCACGUCCAAAGCACAUCUUUCUAUUU